ACGUGACCGGCGGAGCGGCGGGGGAGGGGGCGCUGGGCGCGUGCCUCAGGAUGGUGGCGGCAGAAGCGGCGGAGGCGGCGGAGGGAAAAUGGCGGACUUCGAGGAGCUGAGGAAUAUGGUGUCAAGUUUUCGGGUCUCUGAGUUACAAGUGCUAUUGGGCUUUGCUGGACGCAAUAAAAGCGGGCGCAAACAUGACCUCCUGAUGAGGGCAUUGCACUUGCUGAAGAGUGGCUGUAGCCCAGCUGUUCAGAUAAAGAUUCGAGAACUGUACAGGCGCCGGUAUCCCAGGACAAUAGAAGGACUUUCUGACUUGUCUGCUAUAAAAUCCUCAGUCUUCGGUCUGGACAGUAGCUCAUCUCCUGUGGAAUCUGAUUUGGCUGUGGCUGGUCUUCAUCCAAUACCAUCUACUUCAGUCACCCCUCAAUCUCCUUCCUCGCCACUUAGUUCAGUUUUACUUCAAGAUACAAAACCGUGCUUUGAGAUGCAGCAACCAUCACCUCCAGUCCCACCGGUGCAUCCAGAUGUUCAAUUGAAAAGUCUUCCCUUCUAUGAUGUACUUGAUGUUCUCAUUAAACCUACAAGCCUAGUACAGAGCAGUAUUCAAAGAUUUCAAGAGAAGUUCUUUAUCUUUGCUUUAACGCCCCAACAAGUCAGAGAAAUCUGCAUUUCCAGGGACUUCUUGCCAGGAGGCCGAAGGGAUUACACUGUUCAAGUUCAGCUAAGGUUAUGUCUGGCAGAAACAAGCUGUUCUCAGGAAGACAAUUAUCCCAGUAGCUUGUGCAUAAAAGUAAAUGGAAAACUAUUUCCUUUGCCGGGAUAUGCUCCUCCACCCAAAAAUGGGAUUGAGCAAAAGAGACCUGGACGUCCCUUGAAUAUUACAUCUCUAGUCAGGCUAUCCUCUGCAGUGCCAAAUCAGAUUUCCAUUUCCUGGGCAUCUGAAAUUGGAAAGAAUUACUCCAUGUCUGUGUACCUUGUUCGCCAACUUACUUCAGCAAUGCUACUGCAAAGGCUAAAAAUGAAAGGAAUUCGAAACCCCGAUCAUUCCCGGGCAUUAAUUAAAGAAAAACUCACGGCUGACCCAGACAGUGAAAUUGCUACCACCAGUCUACGAGUAUCACUGAUGUGUCCUCUGGGGAAAAUGAGGCUGACCAUUCCCUGCCGUGCUGGUACUUGCACUCAUCUGCAGUGUUUUGAUGCAGCUCUCUACUUGCAAAUGAAUGAGAAGAAGCCCACCUGGAUAUGUCCUGUGUGUGAUAAGAAAGCUGCCUAUGAGAGUCUCAUCUUAGAUGGGCUCUUUAUGGAAAUUCUCAAUGAAUGUUCAGAUGUAGACGAGAUCAAAUUUCAGGAGGAUGGUUCCUGGUGUCCAAUGAGGCCAAAGAAGGAGCCUUUGAAGGUGGUUAGCCCACAGUGCAGCAAAGUAGAAAGUUCCAGUGUGGUCAGCAAACCCUGCUCCACGCCUCUCAGUGAAGUCAGCAAGAAGAAAGUGGAUGUCAUUGACCUCACGGUUGAGAGUUCCUCUGACGAAGAGGAAGAUGCGCCUUCCAAAAGGAAAUGUAUAUACAUGUCUGAUACACAAGCAAGUCCAACCAAAGGGGUGCUCAUGUAUCAGCCAUCUACGGUCCGAGUCCCCGGAGUGAGCACAGUGGAUCCUUCUGCGAUUCCACCCUCAUUAACAGAUUACCCUGUUCCAUUCCAUCAUCCACCAAUGUCAAGUAUUUCAUCGGACUUGCCUGGUUUGGAUUUUCUUUCUUUAAUCCCAGUUGAUCCACAGCAGUACUGUGCUCCUAUGUUUUUGGAUAGUCUCACCUCCACGUUGCCCACAAGCACCACCCCUGGCAACAUCAUCACCUCCACCACCAGCCACCAGGAGAGCAGCACUCGCGUUAGCUCCUCCGGCCGGAGCGAGACAGCAGUCAUCACCAGCAGUGGGAGCUCCAUUCCCGACAUCAUCUCCUUGGACUAAAUAAAAACUGGAAAGAUUUGCUAGUCUGGAAUGGCACUGAGACACCCUUCUGCAUGCGUUCAAUUCCCGGACCAUCCAUACCUUAAGACUUACAUAUUUUUUGGAGUAUUUAUUGAAGGGAAAACGCAGCUUUGGGUUUUGUUUCCUCUAGUGUGGAUUGACUCACUGGAAGAAGAAGAAAAGUGACUGGAAGGAUGGUGUAUAUGCAUCUAUGUGUAUAUAUUUGUUUUUUUUUCUGCUUAGGAAAAAUGAGAUUUUAUUUUGAAACAAGUCAGCUCCUCAGGCUUGUAAUGAAGAGAACUGACGUGGGUUGUGCUCUGUGGACUUCAGGAUGGAUUCCAUAUGCGAACUUUAAUUUUGUUACAUUUAGCAAUAAUGUAAAAACCGUUUUUAAUAAAAAAAUAAAUGCACUUAAGUCUG